AGACUAGUUUAUUAGAGCAGUUGCUUAUGUGCAUCUGCUUUAAAAGCUUCUCUGAAAUCUAACACCAUGUACGCUGAAACAGCUUUCUCUUUAUUUCAUGUAAUAAGCAAGUUUGUUUGACAAGAUCUAUCACUCACAAAGCCAUUUACUCUUUAUUUUAUUCUACAUAAUCUAAUCCUGUAUGUAAUUUUGCAGCAAAUAUACAGAUAUACAAGUUAUGGGAACUAUAAAUGUCAGGUUGGAACUGUACAACCAUUUUGAACAUUGGAAUUCCUUUGAUUUACAACCCAUUUGCACCAUGCCAGGCAAAAGGGAGCUGAGAAAUGAGUUAAGCCAUUUAAGUGCUGGAGUGAUCUCUUCAAGAAAAAAGGUACCAAUGUGGAUUAUUUCCCAGCAUACAACAUUGGCAAACCAAUAACCUGUACCUUAAGGGUCAACGGCAAGUGUCUGAAAAUAUGGACCUCUCGUCCCUGCCAUCUGUUUCUGCAAUGUAUCAACCAACAACAUUUAAUUAUGAGCGCCCUAAACAUUUUAUACAAUCAAAACCGAAAUGUCAAGUGGAAUCCACGUCUCAGUCUACCAAUGAAGCUGUACAUACAAGCAGGUCACCUAAGAAAAUUUCUAUUUCAAUUCAGCCUCAGCCAUGCUCAUCAUAUAACAUGAGCUCUGCAGCACCGGUUGCACCAUCAAAGUGUAGUAAAACAGAAGUUCAUUUACAGCCCCAGUCUUCAAACAUUGCAUUAUCUGGACAAGAAAAUGAUCAGAGCAAAAAUACAUCCACUGCAUUUCUAGCAAUUUCACCUUCCAAGAGUCAAAGUAAACCAAAGAUGAUCAAUACUGGUACAUCAAACUUGCCCAAUGCAUCAGUAAAGACAGACUUAAGACAAGAUCAGCACGAAUAUGAAAGAGGGAUACAAGGAACAAAAGAUGCUUUGAUUCAGGACCUUGAAAGGAAGCUGAAAUGCAAAGACAGUAUUCUGCACAAUGGAAACCAACGCUUAACAUAUGAAGAAAAGAUGGCUCGCAGGCUUCUUGGAGCAGAAAAUGCUGCAUCAGUAUUUGAAGAUCACAUGGCAGACAGCGUUCAGGAUUCAAAGCAAAUCAGAGACAGUGUUACAAUGCCUAGCCUCCAACAACACGAAAAACACUCAAGGAAUAGAGAGUCAACAUCAGGAUCCAUACAGGAAAAAUAUUUUCCACCAAGAUUUUUGCAAGUUCCAGAAGACCUAACUGUGGAAGAAGGACAUUUCUGUCGAAUAGACUUUAAAGUGGCAGGUGUGCCUGUCCCAGAUGUUUCAUGGUAUUUAAAUGGGAAAGCUGUCCAAGCCGAUGACUUCCACAAAUUCAUAGUGUCUGAGAAAGGUGUUCAUUCAUUUAUAUUUGAAGUAGUUAAAACCUAUGAUGCUGGAUUGUAUAAAUGUGUGGCAUCUAACCGUGCUGGAAAAUCAACAUUUACAUUGCAACUAGAUGUACUAGCACAGGAACGCAAAAGGCCUCCAUGCUUUAUUCAAAAGCCAGCAGCAAUAAAAGCAAUUGAAGGAGAGAAUAUAAAAAUAGAAUGUCUGAUCUCCGCCAUUCCACAACCACAGAUAUUGCUGAAAAAAAACAAUGAGAUGCUACGUUAUAAUACUGACCGGAUAAGGUUAUACCAAGAUGAUAGUGGGAGAGUUUCCCUUGUGAUAUACAAUGUAAACAAAACAGAUGACGGAUGGUACACCAUAUCAGCAGUAAAUGAAGCAGGCGUUGCAACUUGCCAUGCACGUCUUGAUGUUGCAACUAUUGUCAACAAACAGAUGCCAAGUGUGAAACAACUUAAGGUUAAACCAACUUUUAGCAGGUACUCAGCACUCAAUAUGAAAGGGUUGGAUGUGCAAGAGGCUUAUUCACUGGAAAAGGACCAGAACUCUCAGCCUACGUACCCUGGACUUCUCGAAAGUGAAGAACUUUAAGUGGCAGAUUUUAGUAAAAAUAAGCUAUCUUUGAUCCUAAGAUGUAGUAAAAAUAUGCUAUCCCUGUAAACAGAAAACAUGACUGUUUUCAUUGCUGUGUUUCAUUGCUGUGUAAUAUUUUUUUAAAAACAUAAUAGUAUAACAGUAUAUUAGGAUAUCAAUUGCAUACACAGACUUUUUUUUAACAGUUAUUUAUGAGAUUGUAUUGGGAAUGUAUUAAUUCAAAACUACCAAAUAAAGUUACUCUGUGUUAAA